AAAACUCUCACCAUAACGGUAAUGGUCUUCACAAAGAGUAUAAUAAAUGUAUUUUGCUGGCAUCAUCAGAACAACAGGGUGGGUCGGGCAGCAGGCCAAAUAAAACCUAUCUUGAGACAUGAGAUAGCUUGCGAACGAGGCAAUAAUUAUUCUGGCGACCGGAGAAUUGGGUCCACGUUUGUCCAGGAUUACACUGACAAAUACAGCGGAUCAAAUGGAAGAUCAAAAUCCAAGAACAAAUGAGGAAAGAGGAAAACAAAUUGAACAGAAGGCAGAAGAGAGAUGUUGUCUGGUUAGAGAAGAGGGAAAUCCUUCCCUCACAAAGGGAGUUCAGACGGAGGCUCCAGGCAGUGUGCAGAUAAUCGGCGUUGUUCGUGACUGUGAACCUGGGAAGGCCAGCACAGAUGAAGAGACCCAUAACUCUCACCAGCCGCGGGAGUGUGACAUCCCUUCAUCUUCUCUGUUCACCAUGCCAAAGUACAGCAGGAAGUCCACCUCCUCAUCCUCAGAAUCUCUCUCCUCCCAUCAGAUCGACACGGGCAUCGACUGUGCAGGUAUCAUCCUUAACUGCCUCUUCUGCAGAUUCUAUGACUUGUUCCUCAUGCUGCCAGCCUCAUGUGAGAGAGCAACCUACAGCUGCUGCCCCACCUACCAACAGUUCAGCAUCACAGUGGAUAACACACCUAGCGAUGACUGGAACUGUGACUUUGACUGUGGCAUAUGUGAUGCCUGUCACGACACAGGCGAGUGUCUGGAGCUUGCUAUGGAGAUGUCUGAGAUAUGCUACCACUAAUGUACAACAUACAACAAGAGACCUGGCUGGCCUUACUUGACACUGGCCUACUGUAUCCUUACGGCAGGAUGGCCAGACCAGCUGGAUGUUGAGUUAUAUGGGAAUGGCUCACAGUUCUCUGCUAACAAGGGGACAUAGUCCAAUGCCCUUGUGGGGAUUGACAGGGCUCAUGGUUCCCAGAACUGAGGGUCGAUGGCUGUUUUUUUAAGUCAAGACUGAGGGGGCAACCUUGACUCCUACCGUUUGGUGUUUUUAUACAGUUCACAAAAAUGUUGAUCAUGCCAGUUGAUUACCAGAUAAUUUUGCCUUGUGUCGAGCUGACUAUAAGCUAUAUAAUGUGCCUAACUUCAUAAUCUGUUGCAUGAGUACUCUAUGAUAGAACAUCAAAAUGGUAAGGGAAUCCCACUGUAUAUCGAGCACAAUAGUCAAAACACCCUCUGAGGAGAUGGAAUCCAUCACUGAGGUGUUGUUACAUACUGUAUGCCUGUACACAAGCUGACUGGCUCCAGCCCAAUUACACUGAAACACAGAAAUAAUCUUGAAGCGGGUUCCCUAUACUGCGUGCCUAUUUCAGUUCAAGAGCUAUUGAGAUCACAGAAGCAGUUGGAGAUUUCAGUUGUAGGACACUUGUCCUUGUGCUCUCAUCGACCUCCGUUUUCUCGUAGCGAAGACAGUCCUCUCAAGUGUCGUUGGACUGUUUGGAUCACUUCAGUCUCAAAUGGUCCUUGGCACAUAAUAGGAAAUAGGACACAAGAGUAUGGUCGGAAUGCCACUUUGUGAAAGAGUACACAGCAUAACACGAAGUCAUACAUCAUCUGUUUUCCUGGGAGGUCAGGCUGAGAGAGGACGUGGACACCAGGCAGACCAAGUGUUAUUGGAUUAUCUCCACUAGCUAAACAUUUAUUUUCUGCUAUCAGAUGUGGAGACUAACAGAGUCAUCUUGCUGUACAAACAAGAGGAGUGUUACAACCCAGUUAUCUAAGACUCUGGGAUAUGCUGUUGUUUUCAGCUGCUUCCUGGAAGCUUCCAGAAAGAUGAAUCUCACAUUCACAGUCCCUUCUCACAUUUUUCUAUGUGAGAAGGGACAUAAGUCUUGCUAUAACUCUAUAAUAGUGUUUUGUUUCAAUGAGUUACAAUAUUGAACCACAGUAUUACAGUAUCGGAGUAGUUUUGUAAUGGUAAUACUCAUGUUGCUCAAGCUGCCAGACAGCAGUACAGGCACCUGAGGAUAGUAGAUAUUAAGCAUGCUGUGCAAAAUUGCAUGUUUCAGGUCAUAUCUACAGGCAACACCGCUUGUGACCAAUUAGCUUAUUACCUUCAGAGGCACAAUUACAAAGCUGACUGCUCUAGCUAAUACUGCACCAUAAAAUCUAUUGGAGGUCCUUUGUGGUUUUUCGAACAUAAAGCGUGUCUGCAUAAACAGAUGCUUGCUCUGAACUGAAAACAUCUGCAUGUCUUAAACUCGCUGGAACUCUUUCAAAUUACCUUCUAGCUUUGGAAGUAGUGUGUGCUUCAGGAACUGUGAUGGUUUUUAAUAACAUCCAAAUGGGCCGUCCUUUACUGCCCAGGUUUAGAAGCUGUCCCAGUCCAGCCGGGACACACAAGGUCAAGUGGUUUGGAUUGCAACAUUGCACAUCCAUGUUAACCAAAAUAUUCAGAGGAUUUGGUUGAGUCAUCACUGGAGCUUUUCAACACUGGUGUUAGUAGUACUGGCUAUUUAGGCUACUGGGCAUUUAUCAGACAUAUCUCAAUGCAUGUCUGUGGAUUGGAGUCUAUUUUUCCUAAUGAUGUUUAGUGAUGCUAGACUCACAUGAACAAAGUGAUCUGAUCAUAUGCUGCGCAGCCAUGUAUGCAUCUCUGCUCUCUAAUCGGAUAUGAGCUUUUCUUUGGAGUUCAGGCCCCGAUCACUUCAUUAGCGUGAAGCAGGCUCUUCCUCCAGAGCACACAACACUAAUACCAUCUCCCCUCAGACACUCAGCACUAGCCCAGAGUGGCCUCCCGAGGAAGAUGCACCGUUAAAUAUUAAUGCCAUGUGUUUAGAGGGGUUUUAUUUCAAACAGUGGGUUUGUCAGCAUCUUAUGUACUGUUCCUCAAGAUGCAGCCCAUGUGGAAACAGGGUCCCUGAGUCUGAUGUGUAGCACAGUGCCUCUGGAAUUAUUUAGGCGUGUUUUUCUAAUGGUCUUUUUGUGUUAAUAUUCCUGACAUUUUCACAGAUUCUUUUUUUUUCUACAAUGGAGCUUUUAUAAGUGGAUUGGGGUUAUGCUUUCUGUACCGAGAUGCAGAAGGUAGCUGUAAAAAAGGUGUAAAUGUUUGAUUUGUCUGAGUUGUGUUGGCUUCAUUUCUGACACAUACUGAUGCAUGUGUUUCACACAUCAAAUUAUACAACCUUAUUUUCCCAGUGGUUUAUUAUCGAAGAAUGCAUUAUUUUCUGUACCAAAUGUUACAAUAUUUUCUGCACAUGCCCAAAGACUUGUAAUAUUGAAUGGUUUCAUUUGUUUUGUAUUGCUAUAAAGUCAGGUGAGGGAGUCAGGUGGCUGAGCGGUUAGGGAAUCGGGCUAGUAAUCUGAAGGUUGCCAGUUUGAUUCCCGGCCAUGUCAAAUGACGUUGUGUCCUUGGGCAAGGCACUUCACCCUACUUGCCUCAGGGGGAAUGUCCCUGUACUUACUGUAAGUCGCUCUGGAUAAGAGCGUCUGCUAAAUGACUAAAUGUAAAUGUAAU